AUUAGAGCAGUGACAGGGCGAAGAUCGCGGGCUGGCUGUUUAGGUCCAAACUCCAGCCCGCCGACUGGCACCGAGGCAUUGAGAGAAACAUGGCUCGGCCAUACGUUUGCCUGCUGGCCCUGGCGGCUGUGCUGCUGCUAGGUAUCGCCACCGUCUCCAGAUCGAAGGGCCUGCGGGGCAAGGAGCAUCGGAGGGCGCCGCGAAUCCCUUCUCAGUUCAGCCAAGAGGAGCGCGUCGCAAUGAAGGAGACUCUGAAAGGUGCCAUCCAGAUUCCAACAGUGUCUUUCAGCCCCGAGGAGCUCAACACGACAGCCCUGGCUGAGUUUGGAGAAUACAUUCAUAAAGUCUUUCCUACUGUGUUCAAAACCAGCUUUAUCCGGCAUGAAGCUGUGGGAGAGUACAGCCACCUGUUCACUGUCCAAGGCUCGGACCCCAGCCUGCAGCCCUACAUGCUCCUCGCUCACAUUGAUGUGGUGCCUGCCCCUGACGAAGGCUGGGACGUGCCCCCGUUCUCUGGGUUGGAGAGUGAUGGCUUCAUCUAUGGUCGAGGCACACUGGACAACAAGAACUCUCUUAUGGCAAUCCUGCAGGCCUUGGAACUUCUGCUGAUCAGAAACUACAUCCCCCGAAGAUCUUUCUUCAUUGCUCUGGGCCAUGAUGAGGAGGUAUCAGGGGUAAAUGGGGCUCAGAAGAUCUCAGCCCUGCUACAGGCAAGGGGCAUCCAGCUAGCAUUCAUUGUGGAUGAGGGGAGCUUCAUCUUGGAUGGUUUCAUUCCCAACCUCCAGAAGCCCUUUGCCAUGGUUUCAGUCUCCGAGAAGGGUGCAAUUAACCUUAUGCUGCAAGUAAACAUGACUCCAGGCCAUUCUUCAGCUCCUCCAAAGGAAACAAGCAUUGGCAUCCUCGCAGCUGCUGUCAGCCGACUGGAGCAGACACCAAUGCCAAACAUGUUUGGAGGCGGGCCAUUGAAGAUGGCACUGCAGCAGCUGGCAAAUGAGUUUCCCUUCCCUGCCAACAUAGUCUUGAGCAACCUGUGGCUAUUUCAGCCCCUUGUAAGCAGGUUGAUGGAGAGGAAUUACAUAACCAAUGCGCUAGUCAGGACCACCACGGCACUCACCAUGUUCAACGCAGGGGUCAAGGUGAAUGUCAUCCCCCCUGUGGCCCAGGCCACCAUCAACUUCCGAAUUCAUCCUGCACAGACAGUCCAGGAGGUCCUAAAACUAGCCAAGGACAUUGUGGCUGACGACCGGAUCCAGUUCCACGUGUUGAAUGCCUUUGACCCCCUGCCUGUCAGCCCCUCUGAUGAUCAGGCCUUGGGCUACCAGCUGCUCCGCCAGACCAUACAGUCUGUCUUCCCGGAAGUCAACAUUGUUGCCCCAGGUACUUGUAUUGGCAACACAGACAGCAGACACUAUACGAACCUUACCACUGGCAUCUACCGGUUCAACCCCAUCUACCUGCAGCCUCAGAGCUUCAGCAGCAUCCACGGAAUCAAUGAGAAAAUCUCAGUCCAAGCCUACGAGACCCAGGUGAAAUUCAUCUUCGAGUUCAUCCAGAACGCUGACGCAGACCCAAGGCCAGUUCCUCACCUGCACGAACUGUGAGGCCGGGGAGCCAGCUGGAUUAGGGAUGGCUGAUGCUGGGCCAGGACUAACCCAAGGGGGAAGCCAGUGUUGAUGAAACUUUGGGUCAAAGUCACAUUAUAAUGACCUCACCCACCUGCCUUGCUCACUCCUAAACUCACUCAACACUCAAGAACAAGGCCAGGGAGAAGGGGAAGGCCAGCAGGAACCCGGCUUCUCCCUUCCUCCCGGCAACUCCAUCCCUCAGCUGACCGGCAUUUACUGCCUUCUUGUCCCUAUCUUAGAAGGUAUCUGGCUUGUCUGUCUCACGCUGGUGAUUUAACUGCUCCUUGUUAAGUCCUGACUGAACAAAUGCAGAUUUGAAAAAUAUCAACCAGAUUUGACCUUCUACAAGUGUUAAUUUAGGGCAGCUUGUUGGGCUGCCUUUUCCAUGGCUUAUAUAUAUUUCUUCUUGCUGUAAUUUCCUUUCCUCCCCCACCCCCCACCCCGUCUUCUUGGAUUGUUUAGCUGGCUCUUCAUCUCUCCUCUCCUGCCCCUGCAUCCCUCCCCUUAUUCUCCCAUUUAUUCUACACCUGGAGCAAGACUUAGUCAAACUAUGAUACUCCCAUAAUUGCCACAACAAUUGGUCAAAUAAAAUGGUCUAUGCCGCAUCAGCUGGGGGGGUAAAACGGAGGCAGGGGGCUUUGGAGGAACCCCAGACCUCCUGGUUCUGGAGGCUGGAGCCUGGAGAAGAAAGCCUCUGUCCUUGGGCUCCUCCCAAGGGCUCCCUGGGCUUUGCUCCCUGCCCUGCCCUGUUCCUGCCACCUGCUGCUGCUGUCCCACCCCAGGAGGCACUAAUCUGUGGAAACAUUUCCCAUGCACAUCCCACGGGCUGAGCUCCCAAGAGAAGGGCAGCCUCUCUCUGAAGCCCAGGACCAGCAGGACGCUGGCAUCAUGUCCUAAUUCAGACUUAUCAAAGGGAAGUGGAGGGCAUGGGGUGGGGGGACUGCCUGGAGGGGCUCUGCUCUGGCUGGUGGGGAAGGGGGAGGGGCGAGCUGCCCUCCCUUAGGGGACUGCAGAGCUCCUGUCUUUUUUCUCUGGGAUCUAAGCCUGAGCAUAUUGGAAUCUGCUCAGUAGCUGUCAGGUGGGGGGCAUUGAAAGGCAGCAUUUCUUGGCUCAAGGCUGGGAGCUGUGCUUUGUGGAUCACAAGGGAGUCAAGGUCAUGGAGGGAGACACAGAGGGAGCUGAGACCUGAGAGACUCCCUCUUAUUUUCCUCUCCAGACAAGGACCUUCCAUGCCUUCCUGGGGUUUCAUGACAGUGGGCUCCUUUUCCCUCCUCACAAUCCCCGGCGCCUCCUGCCCACCUGUGGAUGUGAGCUGUUCUUAGGAGCUGGGGCCUAAUGGAAAGUGUUAGAAACACAGUGCAGGAAUUAUUUGAGGUUUUCUGCUACUCCCCCUAAGAUUCACAUUCCUUCCCUCGCCCUCCCUUUUUUGGCCAAUUCAGUACUUAUUCAGCCUUUGUGAGAGGGUGAGCUGAAGAACAAAAAGGAUUCUUCACAUUUGUGCAGAGCUGUACAAAGUGCUUUCACAACACCUUAUCUCGUCGGAGCUGCAUCAUAAGAACCCCCGUGAAGAAGGCGUCGUUUUUCUUACAGAGGGGGAGCUGGUUCUCAGAGAAGUUACGCAACUAGCUGGAGGCAGAUUCAAACCCAUGUCACCUGGCCCCAAGCUCAUUGUUAUUCCAUGAUCCUAUGUGACGGAUGAAAUCUACUCCCCAUUGAUUAUCUUAUUUAAUACUGACAAUCACUCCAAAGGUGUUAUUGCCACUGUUUUUAACAGAUGAGGCAACUGAGGCUCAGAGGUUAAGUAAUUUGUCGUGCAGGUGUUAGGGGCAGAGUCUGUCUGCAUCCAAAGCCUGUGCUAAUAGUACUGAAGAGGAAACUGAGGCUCGGCGAAGACAUUUGCCCAGAUUACACAGUUCUUAAUGGGCAGCCUUAGAAUUCAAAUGCAGCUCAAAAAUCCCCAAGUCCAGUGCUUUUUCAGUCACACCACACUGCCUGCCCCAAGAACCUGUGGUGUCUGGCUCAUUCAUUCUGACCCAGGGAGAUCUCAAGGACAAAGGCUGUUCUACUGUUGGAUUUGGUUCUUAGCUCAAGCUCUCUGUUCCCCUGGCUGACCUCUCCCUAUUCACACCUCUCCGUCCGUCUGGCAGCAUUCCUUACACACCCACCCUCUGCUUCUGGGUUCAGCUCUUCCCCCUUCUUGAGUAUGGGGACAGCCAGGUCUCUAAUGAUCUGUGGGAUAACUGGGAGAAGAGUGAGCAGGGAACCCUGUCCCUGUCUGGUCUCACCACUCUCUUCGAGCAUCAGAAACAAUAGUCUUCUGAGCCCCAGGAGUGGAAAGGAAGGCCUUGAGAGGGAACUGCUCCAAAUCCUGGCUCUGAGAACACAGAAAUUCCAGCCCUGUGUCCCCUGAAGUUUUCUGGAAAGAGCAGCUGAAAGUGCUGGCCAGAACAACGUGAGCCCUAAGAUUCUGGGCAGGAUGGGACAAUGAAUCUGGGACUUUCCUCCACCCCUACCUUCAACCAUCUGCCACUCCCCAAAUCCACCUUGAAAGAGAUCCAGCAGAUAAUCACAAGUACACCGCACACCCCCAUCAAGGACUUAGCUCAAGCUUCUCACUCAUACCUCCCUAAGGUUGGAAGGAAGACAAAAUAUUCAUAAGCAAAGAGAGUGGGAAAGGAAAGGAGUAAAUUUUGGCUGAAGUCCCUUGAUUUUGAACCUGAGUUGCUGAAAACUUGACCAUUCUAGACCCAGUAUUCUUUUCUUCCAGAGGAAAUAUGAGAGACAAAGUUCCUACUGAAGAGUCGGACACUUCAUUAAUUUUUGCAAAUUUUAAACCUAAUUAAAUAUUUUAAUAACAAUGAAACUAUUUGCAAUUUCUGUGUCCAGUGUCCAUGAGGCUAUCAAUAAAAAGGAUAAGUAUCAUUUCAUAUAUGUGACAUCUAGACCUACAAAUGUAAGAAUGCUAUAAAUUAUUUAAUACUACAAAAUGUUCCUCAGCCACCAUGUGCAAUGUUGCAAUUAUUACACUAAUUCAUGAGUUCCUCCAAAACCAGAAAUUGGGACUCAAAGAGGAGCAAGAAAGUGGUCGCUCAGCACUCCUGGGAAAUAACAUGUCAUGCAGGAAUCUAUUACCAUCAUGCUAUCUGAGACAAAGGACUUGACAAGUCAAUUUUCUUUUCCCUUAGGUAAGCACUUUGACAGCUGAAUUCCUCCCUGCACUCCAAAGUUACGUCUGUCUCCAAAGUUCACAGUGACACAACCCACAAACCUUCAGGGCAUUUCAGAUGUAAUUUUUUUUUUUUUUUUUUUCUGAAGACAUAGGGCAAUUUAUGUAGAAAAGCGUUUCUCUGGGACCUGAACUAUGUUAGUCUUAGAAAUAUGUGUUUAGGGUGACAGGUGCUCUGUGCCAGCACUGAGUGCUGAAUCCCAAGUGACAGAAACACCCCUAGGUUUUUAAUAGAUUUAGUUCUUUUGUGGCUGUAAUCUAUGGUACCUUCUAAAGCACUAAGCCCGGGGCAAGGAGCUCUCUUGCCCAGGUCUAAGAGAUAAGGUCUUAUUUUAUAUACCCCAUGGUGCCCAGUCCGGGAAAUCAGGAAGGCCUCUGUGGUAAGGAGGUCAUGAAUAAGCAAAGACUUCAAGAUUGAAUAAGAGUUAACAAGGCAAA